CACUUGCAUAAACACAUUAGAGAGAGGGGCAGACAGCUGACCGGGGACACAAAAUACUCCCCAAAACCUUCGGUUUAUCUUUUGAACAUGAGCAGGAUCGCUGGAGUUAUUCGGCGUACGUUUGGAAUAGUACGCGAGCACGUCGGGACAGAUCAUCUGGGGAAUAAAUAUUACAUAAUCCCAGAACAGAAGACAUGGACAGGAAGACUCAUCCGUGCCAAGCGGAUGGUAGUGGCAGCCAAUCCUACAGAAUAUGAAUAUACAGCAAGCAGCCUACCGACAGAGUGGGACGCUUGGAUCCGAGGCAGACGGAAGGAGCCCCCCUCCAUCGAGGAGCUGCUAAAGAAUGAGUCUUACAGGGAGCAGAUCAAGCACAAGGCCAAGGAGGUGGAGGAGAAAGAACUGGCCCUACAGGCUAAGGAGUAUGAAGAAGGCCUAGUGGCGACUCCUGCAAGGACUGUGGCCAAGGGCCAUGCAGCUGCCACCAGCUUCGGCAAGCAGGAGAUCACAGAGGACCCCACCAGCACUGCAAACACAUUCCAGCCUGGCUCCUGGAUGCCCACUUCCAAGAAAUAGACAGAGACAUCCACAUACACUGAAACUGCAGUGCAAUGUAAUACAAUCAAAUAGAAAAGCCCUGCAAUAAGUGCUACCUUUAUGAAACUGAUAUUCACUUUUAGUUGAAACUUUGAGAUUUAAUCUUAGAAACAUUUUUCAGUAUAAUCCAAUCCAAGUCAGCAACACCACAAACUAUGAUCUCAAAAAUUACCAGAGUUUAAUCAACUCAUCUCUGAGUCAAUCUCAAAUAAUUCAGCAUUACAGGUUUCACAGAGGAAGUAUUUAUUUCGAGGCUGUUUUAUGGGUGUGCAUUACAUUAUAAAGGGGUUUCUACUUUUCUGGUCCCUCAGUGUAUAUUGAAUAUACACAAGACAAUAUCCAUCACUUAUCUUAAAGCUGACUGCAUGCCAGUAAUUUAAUGUAGUAAAAAAUUAAAAGUUUGUCACUAAAGAAAGAAAAACUGAAAGGGUUAUCCUUCAUUAAUUAUUGAGUACACUACAAAUAUGUGUUAUGUUAUGUAUGUUGGAAUGUUACAGUAUCCUGAUCUGCCGCAGAGGGAAGUUCUUUCACUAGAGAUCAGAGUCCAUGUUGGCCAAAGAGUUGAAGAAAGGUGAUUACAAGAGCACUUCCUAAUAAAAACUACAUGAACUGGGAUCUGCAGCUGGAAACAUGGUCUUCCUACUC